GGAAUGUCUAAGGAAAGAUGGCGGAAGGAGGAGCGGCUGAUCUGGAUACCCAAAGAGGAGAGGUCGCGACACUGUUGAAAACACAACUAAGAAAGGGAGACACUUGGUACCUAGUGGACAGUCACUGGUUCAAACAGUGGAAGAAAUAUGUGGGAUUUGACAGCUGGGACAAAUACCAGAUGGGAGACCAGAAUGUCUACCCAGGACCGGUUGAUAACUCUGGUCUUCUCAAAGAUGGGGAUGUGCUCGCCAUCAAGGAACACCUCAUUGAUGAGCUUGACUACAUUCUGGUCCCAACAGAAGGCUGGAAUAAACUCGUCAGCUGGUAUGGACUCACAGAGGGUCAGGAGCCAAUCGCUCGCAAGGUGGUUGAACAGGGUAUGUUUGUGAAGCACUGCAAGGUAGAAGUGUACCUGACCGAGCUGAAGCUCUGUGAAGACAGCAAUAUGGACAAUGUGAUCACCAAACGCUUCAGUAAAGCUGACACAAUAGAUAUGAUUGAGAAGGAAAUGAGGAAGCUGUUCAGCAUCCCAGAUGAGAAGGAGACCAGGCUGUGGAACAGGUACAUGAGCAACACCUUUGAGCCUCUCAACAAACCUGACAGCACCAUCCAAGAUGCCGGCCUCUACCAAGGACAGGUUCUCGUAAUAGAGCAGAAGAGCGAGGAUGGCACAUGGCCCCGAGGCUCCACGGCACCCAAGUCAUCUGGUGCUUCCAAUCUCUCUGCUUUGCCAAAGAUCUCGCCUUCAUCUCUCACAAACAAUCAUAACAGCAGCUUCAACAGCAGGAAAGAUGUCAUGCUCCUGUGUUGCUGGUGGUGCCUGAGGCCUGAGGCGGUGGAGCUGGAUGGCAGGAGGGUCGACCACCGAGUGUUGAACUGCGAGGCAACUGCCUCCACCGCCAUCGCAGCAGUUUCCCUUGACCAGUGGGAGCCAGAAACGGCCAACGCUGCUUUAUCGAGCUCCCAGAGUGUGAAGAAUUCGAGCUAUAGUCUACCAUCCUACCACCCUUACAGCAACAGUUAUGACUACUCGGACCAGAGCAGGCAGAGCGAGCGCUCAGGCUUGUGUGGACUCUCAAACCUGGGCAACACCUGUUUCAUGAACUCUGCUGUGCAGUGUUUAAGCAAUACCCCUCCGCUGACGGAGUACUUCCUCAAAGACAAGUACACAGAUGAGCUGAAUGAGGACAAUCCACUGGGCAUGAAGGGGGAGAUUGCCAAAGCCUACGCGGAGCUUAUUAAACAGCUGUGGUCAGGCAAAUACAGCUACGUCACCCCGAGGCCUUUCAAGACCCAGGUGGGCCGCUUUGCUCCCCAGUUCUCGGGCUACCAGCAGCAGGACUCUCAUGAGCUUCUGGCUUUCCUUUUGGAUGGCCUACAUGAGGACUUGAACCGCAUCAGAAAGAAGCCCUACAUUCAGCUCAAGGAUGCAAAUGGUCGGCCUGAUAAGGUUGUGGCAGAGGAGGCGUGGGAGAACCACAUUAAGAGAAAUGACUCCAUUAUUGUGGACAUCUUCCACGGUCUUUUCAAGUCGACUCUGGUGUGUCCUGUGUGCUCGAAGGUCUCUGUGACCUUUGAUCCUUUCUGCUACUUGACCCUGCCACUGCCCAUGAAGAAGGAACGGACACUAGAAGUUUAUUUAGUCAGACUGGACCCUCUGGCCAAACCCACACAGUACAAACUAACUGUGCCGAAAGUGGGCUACAUUUCUGACCUGUGUACCUCCCUGUCCAACCUGUCAGGCGUGCCUGCUGAAAAGAUGAUUGUAACUGACAUCUAUAACCACCGUUUCCACCGGAUCUUCGCCACCAAUGAAAACCUCAGCAGCAUUAUGGAGAGAGAUGAUAUUUAUGUCUUUGAGGUGGCGGUGAACAGAGUGGAGGACACAGACCACGUAGUGAUCCCAGUGCACUUGAGAGAAAAGUACAAGCAGUCAGGAUAUAACCACACGAGCACGCCGCUGUUUGGACAACCCUUCCUCAUCGCCGUCCCCAGAACCCUCAGUGAAGACAAGCUCUACAACAUGCUGCUCCAGCGCCUCUGUCGGUUUGUGCGAUCUUCUGUAGAGGAAGAAGAGGACGACUGUGAAGAGACACAGCCAUCUAAACAACACACUGUUAAUGGUAAUGCCACUAAUGGACUGUUGGAGGAGGGGUCACCGAGUGAGAUGGAGACCGAUGAGCAGGACGACGAGUCCAGCCAGGAUCAGGAGCUGCCCUCUGAAAACGACAACAGCCAGUCGGAGGACUCUGUCGGUGGGGACAAUGAGCUUGAGAACGGUGUGGUCGGCCCACAGAAUUCCACCAAAGGCCAGCAGACGUCCGGACACAGCAGGAAGAGACUUUUUACAUUCCAGUUCAAUAACAUGGGAAAAACUGACUUCUCACUCAUCAAGGAGGACACCAGGCAGAUCCGCUUUGACGAGGGACACCUCCGACUUAGUGACCGCUCUUAUCUCUCCUUGGACUGGGAACCAGAAAUCAAGAAGAAGUAUUUUGACGAGACUGUUGUUGAGGACUGUGACAAGCACGAGAGCAUGGAGUACAAACCUCAAAAAAAGGCUUUCUUCAAGCUGAAGGACUGCAUCGAACUGUUCACCACAAAGGAAAAACUGGGGGCAGAGGACCCUUGGCAAACAGAAAUGCAGGGUCUGAUCCUGAUUUACAACACUGUACAUGCUACAUGUUUCUACCUUCAUCACAAACACACCACGCUGAACGUGUGCAAUGACGGCUUUUUCGUGUUUGUUCCCAGAGAUCUGGACAUGUCUGAAUUCCUGAUCAACCCCAAUGCUGGGCCCUGUCGCUACGACCUCAUUGCUGUGUCCAACCACUAUGGUGGGAUGGGAGGGGGCCACUAUACUGGUUAUGCUAAAAACAAAGACGAUGGAAAGUGGUACAACUUUGAUGACAGCAGCGUGUCUCCUGCCAGCGAAGAUCAAAUAGUGUCCAAAGCAGCCUAUGUGCUGUUCUACCAGCGCCAGGACACAGUGAAAGGCACCGGCUACUUUGCUCUCGACCGAGAGGAGGAGGAAGAGGAGGAGGAAGAUGAAGAAGAGGAAGGGGAGGAUGAGGAGGGCGAGGAGAGGAGGGAGAGAAAAACCGCCUUGUCCGCUCAGGGAGGCUUGUCUGCUGCCGCUGCCGCCGCCGUUCAAAGCGACGACGAGGACCCUAAUGAGAACCAGUGCAGGAAGAACGACGAAGAGCAGGAAGACGAGGAGGAAGAGGAGGCGGCGGAACAGCCGCCCAAUCGAGACGUCGCCAUGAAAACCAACUGAGGGAAACGAGGACAUGAAUAUAUAUAGAGAGAAUGGGAUCUUUCCAUCCAAAGCCAUACGGACACACGGCGUGACAGCGGGCGCCACUGGUCCCACCCAGCGGCUCGGACUUAGCUGCUCGACAGGAAGAACCACUGCGGAGACAUCAGCUGUUGGGUCAGGGGGCUACAGGGGUACGCAACUCUAAGAAAUCAGGGCCCUCCUCUGUGGUUGGAUCACUGUGUGUGUUUGUGUGUGUGUGUGUGUGCGUGUGUGGCCACGUUCGUUUGUUUAGAAUUUGCUCACUUGCUCUCUGAGAAGAGUCACUAAACAGCCGGGAUCUUUGUUUUUUUUUUUUUGUUUUUUUUUUACAGCUUUGACUCUCAGUUUUAUUAUUAUUUUAAAGUACAUAUCUUUAAGAGGAAUGCAUUUUUGGCAUAUCAUUUUAGCAUCAUCGUUUAGAUUUUGUAAAUAUUUUAAACACUGAAUUGUACCGAGUUUUCAUGAUGCGCUGAAACAUUUUUGAACUUGCACAAUCACCAACCAUCCGCCCCGCUUUUCUUUCCUUUUUUUUUUUAAAUUUUAAAUGUAUCGAUGCCAGACAUACUGCAACUUUGUGUCAGAGUUUUCUCACAUACAGAGCUUAGGAAGCUGCCUUUAGAAAGCCAGUGCUGAGAUGCCACUACACUAAGAAAUAAUGUUGAGAACUGACAGUCGUUGCUGUGUGGGUUUUUUUCUUUUUUUAAAUAGCCAUCCAGCCGAGCUAGCUCUGUCAUGCUGCUGCGAUCUUAGAUUUUUACACAUGAUUAACAUACUGGCAUGAGCCUUGGAGAACUUAAGAUCCUGCUUUUGCUCUGUCUAUAGUCCUCUCUGUUUAUAAUUCUUCAGUAAAGCAGGACUGAGAUAUUGCGUGGCUAACUUUACAAAGAAACCACACUGCAUCUCUCCAUAUUUUAAAUAUUAGGAAAUGCUCUUUUAGAAGUUUAUAUCCGGAAGUCAAACCUAUAUGUAGUGAAGUGGUGUUUAAGGAGUUAGCAGAGAUUCUUUACUCCUCUUCACCCGCUCCUGAAGUUGUACUUCAUUAGAUGGUAUUUAAAGCUUUAUUGUGGCUACGUUCUUAAGAUUUUAGGCACUUUGAGAUUAGGGACAUCGGUGAUUUCAUUGUCUCCUGUUUGAAUCGCCUCGGCCUUAACUCUUAAUCUCAGACCAGUCGCCUUUUCUUUGCACACGGCCGUCACACCAUCUCUCGAUAUUACGCGAGCACUCGUCUAUGAAUGUCCAUGUUACUUGCUUGAUAUCUCCCAGCCACGUCACACCAGUUUCUUUUAACCCACAAGAGGGCCAGAAUGUAUGCUGAAUGAACCAGACCACAUGUAUGUGACUGAUGCCUUUUAAGUCAUCCUUUCUUUCUUUCACUUCUCCCCAUGGCCCUUUCGAGUUUGAAAGGUGAUGGAAAUGGGUGUUCUUUGCAUUUUAUAUUACCUGUAUGAAUUUCAUGGGUAUUAGCUGAAUGCGUCCCUUUUUUGUGGUCCUGAGCUUUGAGCAGGAGAGAGGGAGACAAAACUUAAAAAAACAAAAACAAAAAAACAUUUUGGGGUGAGUGUGCCUAAAAGGCCUUUCAGCUUCUCGGGAUCAUGAUACAGUGAAAAUAUUUUGUGGCACAUCGUUGGCAGGAUAUUCCUCCAUCGACGUAACUCGCGGUAAAACUCUAUUCUCCAUGGUGGAGUGCGAUGUUUUCUUUUCUACCUGCUCUUUCCAUUGUAAACAGCAUUAGCGGAUCUGUUGUUGCCUCAGAAUAUUAGAUGUGUAACAUGCCUUUAAGAGCAUCUCUGUGCUUCGACUUCAGGUGGCUUUACCGCCUCAGUGCUGCCUUGCUUUUUGGGCAACUCACCCCAUCCUGAGUGAGAUGUGAUUGCUACUAUAGGCUUAUACAAUACUGUACAUAAGAGUUCACUCUGUGAGUGCACAUUUGAUAAAAUUUAUUUAUUUAUAUGUAAGCAUUUAAUAAUAAACAAUAUAUUUAAAACCUUGGCAAGACGUGAAAUGUCGGGGGUAACGUGGCUCGAGUCCACACAUACACACUAGUUUGCAGAGUCUUGCCUGUGCUCUCGUCAGGGAGGGAAUAUUUUUUAAACAAAGGAUGAUUCUGUUUUGGGACUUUUUUUGUAAAGAUAAUCCAGACAUCCUUGCAUGAUGAUGUAUGGGGUGAGGGUGGGGGUGGGGAGUUACCAGGUUUGGCUGCACUUGAGUUCACUUGGGUUUACAUUUGAAAUGUGCAUGUGUAUUUAUACACAAUCUUCAAUAAAGUUGUGUAAAGCUU